AUGAUUCCAUCAAAAUCCAAUGAUCCAACUAAUGAUUUAUCAAUAUCUUCAAAUACGAAUAAAGAUUAUAAGAAAUUUAAAAUGGUAGAUCUAAAUACGGAAGAAAUGCCUCUAGAAACUCAAGAACAAAUUUCAAAUCUUUUAUUCUCAGAUAAUUUCAAUGAACGGGCAGAAGCAUUUGAUAUUUUUGCCAAUUACUCUCAAGAACACUAUCCAGAUGGUGAAAUUAUUCUAAAAAUUCAACAGGCCAUUGAAAUUCAAUUUCAAAAUGAUGAUAUCAAUGAAAAUAUACUUGCCAAUAUUAUACGUAUCGUAGACUCUCUUGGAAAGUACUUUAAUGAUAACUUUGAUUCAUGUCUUUACAUUUCAAAAAUUUGGGGUCUAAUGCCUAACAUAGAAAUUGCUGAUUCGAUAUCAAAAAUACUGUGUACGCACGAGAACGCAGUUGUUUUGAUACUUUCAGACGUUCUUUCACCUACAAUUUUCAACUUACUUGAAUCUGAUGAUUCUCUUCACCAAACUAUAGCAAUAAACUUACUUCGAUCAAUAUUCCAGAAUUCUAGCAUUUCUGAACGCGCAAAUCGAUAUAUUCCAAAUAUUAUUGAAUUAGCAAAAAAUUCAUCAAAUUGUACAAUAAUUGCUCAAUGUUUUGAACUGUUUCCUGAAUUUUUGAACAUAGAUCCUCAAAUUUUCUUAUCAGAAAUGUUUCAUGAUUUAUUUUUGAAUUUUGAAAGCUAUAAUGAGGCAGAUUUUCUUGCAGCCGGUAGAUUCAUUGCAGAAAUUACAGAACACAUUGAUAUAUGUCAAUUUGUUGAGAAUUCAAAAGCAAUUCAAAUGAUUAUCGCUGCUCUUAACAAUAAUGAUGAAUUAGCGCAUUCUGGUGCAAUAUCAUCCAUAUUUGCAAUAAUUUCAUCAUCUUAUGAUGGAAUUGUAAUGAUAUUUAACAGUCCAAUUGCAAAUUUACUUUUACAUCUGAAAGAAAGGACAUCCAACCAGAUUUGGAAAGCGUCCCUUAGAAUAUUAUGUGUAAUAUGUGUAACACUUGGUAGCGACGUUGCUUAUGACUUCUCCAAAAAUGAUUUUGCAAAUGUUUUGAUAGAAAACAUAAAUUCGUCAAUGCCAACUAUGUAUUUGGAAAUGCUAGGUGCUCUUAUUAAAAUUCUAAACUCAUUGCUCGCGCAUAAUGAAGCAGAAAUGAUUAAACAAAUAUUAGAAAAUGAAACUCUCUAUGAAGAACUUUCAUAUAUCCUAGAUGAAAAUACUGAUCCUAAUGUUACUAAAUUAGCUGAGUAUUUGAUUGAUUUUAUGAAUGAAAAUCUUAAUUCAGAGAAUUAA